GGGGUAGAAAUUGUCGCCACACCUCAGCGACAGGGUCACAUCUCAUAUGAAUGGAGUUGUAUUAGAUAUAAAGGCCUUGACUCAGGAAUGGAAACUGGAUGCUAACAUUUCCAAAGUGGACAUUUUGAGUCAGUAUCAGUGGGUUCAAGGCGGGAGACAAGCUCGCUGUAUCCAACGUUACAGUGCUGUCUGUCUGUCUGUCUGUGCAGCUCAAGCUACGAUAGUUAGCUGCAGCCUGAAACGAGCAGUCAGGCUGGGUAACGUUGACAUCGCCGUUAGCUCGCCAGCUAGCGUUGACAGUAUAUAGCUGGCUGGUCAUUUUGUUCUCCAAUAGCAUAGACUGGAAAACGGAGCAAAGAUGGUUGACUCUCUGUUUGACCUCCCGGUGGAAAAGCAGAUAUUUUAUGCUGUUUUGGGAUUUUCGUGGACGGUGUAUCUAUGGGAGGCGUACAUUUCUUCCAGACAGAGGAGAAUAUACAGAUCAACAACACAUGUGCCACAGGAACUAGGUAAGAUCAUGGAUUCUGAAACAUUUGAGAAGUCACGACGUUAUCAGCUGGAUAAAAGCAACUUCAGCUUUUGGUCUGGACUCUAUUCUGAGACUGAAGGGACGUUGAUCCUGCUCCUGGGUGGAAUCCCAUUUUUGUGGACCGUCGCUGGUGCUGUGACAGCUCACUUUGGAUUUGGUUCAGAGUAUGAGAUCACCCAGUCACUCGUGUUUCUGAUGCUCGCCACGCUGUUCAGUGCUUUGACUGGACUUCCAUGGAGUUUGUACAGCACAUUUGUCAUUGAGGAGAAGCACGGCUUCAAUCAGCAGACCAUUGCGUUCUUCAUCAAGGAUGCUAUAAAGAAGUUUGUUGUGACCCAGUGUAUCUUGCUGCCCGUCACCUCACUGCUCCUGUACAUCAUCAAGAUCGGUGGAGACUACUUUUUCAUCUAUGCCUGGCUGUUUACCCUGGCUGUUUCUCUGGUACUUGUGACAAUCUAUGCUGACUACAUUGCUCCCCUGUUUGACAAGUUCACUCCUUUGCCAGAAGGAGAGCUGAAGACAGAUAUUGAGGAUAUGGCCAAGAGUAUAAGCUUCCCCCUCACUAAGAUUUAUGUAGUUGAAGGUUCCAAGCGUUCGUCACACAGCAACGCUUACUUCUAUGGGUUCUUCAAGAACAAACGCAUUGUGCUGUUUGACACUCUGCUGGAAGACUACUCGCCUCUCAACAAGUCUACAGAUCCACCAACCGAUAUUCCAGAGAGCGAUGAUGGCAGCGAAUCAAAAGUCAAGCCCAAGCACAAGAAACAAGGAUGCACUAACCCAGAGAUCCUUGCAGUCCUCGGUCAUGAACUUGGCCACUGGAAACUUGGCCACACUGUCAAGAAUAUUGUCAUCAGUCAGAUGAACUCCUUCCUGUGCUUCUCCCUGUUUGCUGUCCUGAUUAGACGUAAGGAGCUGUUUGUAGCUUUUGGCUUCGAUGACAGCCAACCCACUUUAAUAGGCUUGAUGAUUAUCUUCCAGUUCAUCUUCUCCCCGUACAAUGAGGUCCUGUCCUUCUGUCUGACGGUCCUGAGUCGCAGGUUUGAGUUCCAGGCAGACGCCUUUGCACGCGCCAUGGGCAAAGCCUCCGAGCUCUACUCUGCCCUCAUCAGGCUCAACAAGGACAACCUGGGCUUCCCCGUGGCUGACUGGUUGUUCUCCAUGUGGCACUAUUCCCACCCUCCUCUGCUGGAGCGCCUCAGAGCACUGGGCAACGUCAAGCAGGACUGACGGGAACGGAAGGGGGAGCAGUGGGCGCUGCCUCCUCCAAAGGGCCUCCGCAAGCCACUUCUACCAGUGUGAUGCAAGGCCCCCCGCACCACCUCCCCGCCCCUCCCACCACCACAUCUUGUUUUAUCUUGUUUUAGUCAUUUGUCCAUUUGCCAUUCCUUUUCUAUUUUGUUCCAUUUUUUUAAGCUUAUAAAGUGGUUAACCCUACAGUAUGCUGAGUUUUUUUUAUUGCGGAUUUAUAAAACAACAAAAGACAGACAGACACUUCAUAUGUACCCAUUACAAUACUUUUUGCAGAUACUCAGGCUAGAAUUUGAUUUGUCCCUCAAGUGCAACAGUUGCUUCAUUAGAAAUAUCUCCAGGCAAGCUCAAGAAAUGUAUGUAGCCAUCAACUCAAACUCUCAGUUUUGCAAAAGGAACUAUGUUACUGCUUUGUCACAGCGAUAAAAAUAUGAGGGCCUCUUAAUUAUCUCUGUGAAUGUUCUGCGAAUGGACGCAUUAUGAACAGAGCAUGGCAGAAAAUGUCAUUAGAAUUUAGGUUAGACUUGUGAUUUUCAUUUUUUACAUGCAUUGGCAGGAUCUUGUUUUACUUUUUCUAAAGCACUUGCUUGCCAACAAGGUUCCAACCAUACCUGUACAUAUGUAACUGUAAUGCCUAUAAGAUUGGUAGUAUUAGUAUCUACAGUAUUGGUGUAUCAUGUGAAAAAUGUUUAAUGUGGUUUGAAAUUUUAAGUUGAUACUGUGUUUCUUAGUUUCUGGGCCAGAGUGGGCCCAGAGUUGCCUGGCAAGCAGCGUAUUUAUAGGGGACUUGGGGCAGGGAGUCUGCGAGGUUCCUUUCACUAUAUAAGUCAGUGCUUGGUUUGUUCAACAAGGGAACUAUAUACUUUAUUUGCAGCACUGAAUAAAAUCCUUAAAAGCA